AUGUUGAACAUUUUGCUUUGGCGCCAUUAUAUCUUUGAAGUUGUACUAAGACAGAUUGAAAUUCAAAAAUUUGCUGAUAAAACUGGUGCUUAUAAGAGACAAGCUCUGAAUUUCCGGAACUGGAUUCUGAGAGAAGCCGGUGCUGAAUUUCCUCCCGAAACUAAUCGGUAUCAUUUAUACGUUUCUUAUGCGUGCCCAUGGGCCCAUAGAACUUUGAUUGGACGGAGUCUCAAAGGGUUGGAGCUGCAUAUCUCUGUGUCUGUGGUUCACUGGCACAUGGACAAUAAAGGUUGGAGAUUUCCCAAUGAGCUGGACCUUGCAAAACGCAAAACAGCUCAGGACAUGACGUAUGGAACAGUGGACCAUUUGCAUGGGUUUGAGAGACUUCUGCAGUUGUAUUACAAGGCAGAUCCCAAUUACUCUGGGAGAUUUACUGUUCCAGUAUUAUGGGACAAAAAGAAGGAAACCAUUGUCAACAAUGAAUCGAGUGAGAUUCUUCGGAUGUUGAAUUCUGAAUUCAAUGAUGUUGUCGCCAGCGAGUAUUCUCAUGUUGACUUGUAUCCUGAAGAUUUGAAACAGCAGAUUGAUGAUAUCAAUUCGUGGGUUUACGACACCAUCAACAAUGGAGUGUAUAAGGCUGGAUUUUCGAUCAAGCAGGAAAUCUAUGAGGAUGAGGUGAACCAGUUGUUCAAGAGCUUGCAUCGGAUCGAGUCAAUUCUCAAAGAGAACCAUGGCAAGGGCCACAAAUUCUUAUUGGGAAAUCAACUUACUGAGGCCGAUGUGCGAUUGUUUACCACCAUCGUUAGGUUUGAUGCUGUCUAUCACCAGCAUUUCAAGUGUAAUCUUGGGAUGAUCAGGCACGACUUUCCAUUCACUCACGAUUGGUUGCGGUUGUUGUACUGGAAAAUUCCUGGGUUCAGCGAGACCACUGAUUUUGACCAUAUCAAGUGGCAUUACACCAAGUCGCACCCUGCCAUCAACCCGCACGGGAUCACUCCCGUUGGCCCAGUCCCCUCGAUCAUGCCAUUGUAG